AUGUCUCCAUCACCGCAUUUCUUUUCGUUCUUCCUUGUUGUAGCAGCGUCUAGUUUAGCCGCCAGCUCUCCGGAUGCUACCGGCAGCUACACCGGUUGCGCCGUCACAUGUGAAACUCUCGCCACGAAGUUCCCCAACCAGGUCUACCUCGGUGCAACCAACGGCACAGACUUUGUGGCGUCCCGGGAAGGCUUCUGGUCGACCAUUCAAGGCGACGUAUCUCCCUACUGCUUCUUUCAGCCCGUCAGUGCCACCGAGGUUUCAGUCGCCCUUCAAGAUGUUCAGAGUACACGCUGUCAGUUUGCAGUCAAAAGCGGAGGCCACUACUCAUACAUAGCCUCGACGAUUGAGGGAGGUCUCGUGAUUGAUCUGGUUCGGUUUGACGGAAUCACACUGAGCGAAGACAAGAGCUCGGCGAUCAUAGAGCCCGGAAACACUUGGGCUUCCACAUAUGAGAAUCUCCAAAAGUCCGGGAUGACCAUCCCUGGCGGUCGGAUGUUUGGUGUAGGUGUCGGUGGACUCACUCUCGGUGGUGGAGUCUCUUGGCUCAGUAACCGCUACGGAUGGACUUGUGACAAUGUUAUCGAGUUCGAGGCCGUCUUGGCCAGUAGUGAGAUUGUGACUGCGUCCACAACAUCAAACCCUGACCUUUACUGGGCCCUUCGAGGAGGCAGCAGUAAUUUUGGUAUUGUCACCAAGUUCAAGUUCAACACUUUCCCGCAGGACAGGAUGUGGUACGCCAAGCUCCGUUACAAUGCCACGGAGAACGUCACGGCCAACGCAGCUUUCGCGGACUGGGGUACAGUUCAGUCUUCCAAAGAUGUGAGCAACGCAGCAGUUUUGUCGUGGAACGCACAAGCGAGCGGCUCUCCCGUUGGCGUCGCGAUUCUAGUCCAUCAGAAGACGUUUGACAAUAACACCCACCCUCCCGUUGUCGACAAGUUCUAUGACGCCAAACCAACUGCUAUCGAACCGGCCAAUGUCCCCCAUUCAGAUAUUGCCGAGAACCUCCUGUUCCCCGCCAGCAUCUUGCGGAGUUCCUUGUGGACCACGUCCUUCAUCCUUGACGCUGACUUGCUGCAAGUAGUAUUCGAGAUCUGGAAUGAGGAAGCUAGUGCACUCGCUUCCAUUUCCAUCCAGCAGAUCCAGCUCCAGGCCAUCACCAAAUCCCAGCUCGAGUUGAUGUAA